UCCUCUCUCCUCUCUUUAUCUAAUCAAAAGCUCUGUUUCAUGUUUGACCUGAUUAACCAUUUAAAGACACGAUGUGUUUGUUUCGCUCCAUUUGCACACAGAACAGCGCCUGUCUUCUUCCUCCUCUUCCUCCUCAGUAUCGGGUCCAUCCAGGCUGCUGCUGGUGAUGAAGAUGAUGAUAUGAACCACUUCACAGGUCUGGAUCAUCGUCUUCAGGUCGUUAUCAGGCAGAAAGCCUCAAAUAGAUGAUCCCCAUUAUGUAUAUAUGAGCUUCCUGUUUUACGUAGCAUCUGUAAACGGAGCAGAUGAUCAUCAGAGGAACACUUGAGGAACAUCAAUGUUUGAUUAAGGACAAAACGUCACCAUGAGGGGACAUUUCUCUAUCGAGUGGAUGUCUCAGAGCAGCCAGCCUGCAGGGACGGAGACCGGCUCGUCCUCUGGACCAGGACCCGCCGCCUGUGGGACUCACUCAGAGAGUCUGCCGGGUUUCUACUGCAGACAGAAGUCAGAAAGUUCCCCAAAGCAGCAAGAAACCAGGAGCCUCGACGCGUUCAGUCUGCAGCAGCAAACCUGUGAUAGUCGAGUGACUGAAGCAGGAUUCAGCAGCGGGACGGAGGAGGAGACCUCCGGCUACGAGAGUGAAGGGGGUCGCUCCCUCUCCCCCCCGGCCCCCACCGACUCCACCUCCACCUCCCCGCCGUCUCCCCCACUGGGGAGGAGGCCUCGCACGGCCUUCACGGCGGAGCAGAUCAGCAGCCUGGAGAAGUCCUUCAAGAGGAACGCGUACCUGGGAACGCAAGACAAGGCCGAGCUCUGCAAGAAGCUCAACCUGUCCGACAAACAGAUCAGAAACUGGUUCCAGAACCGGCGGAUGAAGCUGAAGCGGACGGUGCAGGACGCCCUGGCUCACGCCUGCCAUGCUAACGCUAACAUGGCCUCUCAGUUCCUGCAUUACCCCGAGCUGCAGGCCUACAGGCCGGGUCCUUACCCCAGAUACCACUCAGCAGCAGCAGCUCAGGACGUCCAUCCACACGGCCUCCAGUACGGCUCCUCUCUGCCGCUGGACUCGUUCUACCAGUACAGCAGCCUCCCAGGAGUCAUGUCCACGACCCCCCUCAUGGGGUCCUUCGCCGCUUACCCUCAGUACUACUGACACGGUGAUCAGUACUGUGAUAUUCUGUCAGAACCGUAUUGAUUGUACUCAUCGUAUCCUAAUAGGAUCAAUAAGGAAUAUCAGGAACUUGGCACAGGUACUGCUGUGAAGCUCUAAUGCAACAGGGUGCUGUGCAAUAAUGUGGUUUACGUGUGUGUGUGUGUGUGUGU